AUGGCUAUUCAGAAUGCUGUUGAAAAAUCAGUUAAAUGGGAUUCUUUGUUUCCAAACGUUUCAUCGCUAGCAUCCGAUGGAACAAGUCUUAAUUCAGGAGCACGAUCGGGAAUAUGGGAAAGGCUCAGUCAGAUGCGUCAGCUUCAGGAAAAUGGAAAAGAUGUACCCCUGCUUAAAAUCUGGUGUGCAGUGCAUCGUAGUGCCCUGGCUUGGAACUCAGUUUGCUCUUUAGUUGCUGAGGUCAACUACUUGAUUAGGGAUGCUGCAGCACUUGCGACAUAUUGCCAUUCCUCUGGUGUUCGGACACGGGAACUUCAUAAAGUGGCAACUGAAAACAAACUCAAGGUUCUCAGGCUUCCUCAGUAUUUCGAAGUACGUUGGUCUCGAAGCAUUAGGGCUAUAUUAAUGUAUCUGAAGACAAGUCCAGAUGCAGAUGCAAAUGUUUAUUUAAAGAACUGGUUGAAAAAAUACAGAUUGCAUCUGAGCUGUUUUCUGAUGGAUGCUGUCAUGUUAUACUCAAGAUUCCAAAUGAAGCUUCAGAGCGACAGCGUUUUAGUUUUUAAUCUUGUUAAAGAAAGAGAAAAGUUUCUUGCAAGGUUAGCCGCAGCUAAGGAGAAGCCUGUUACAGGUGGCUGGGAGGAGUUGUUUCUUUCUACAAUUAAAGUAAUUUUACACGAGAGUGACGAAUCUGAAAACGAAG